GGCGGCGGCGGCGGGAGCUGCGGAGUCGGGAAUCAAAACAAAGGGCCUGGGGGGGCGGGGGGAAGGCGGCGGGGCCGAAAUGUGAGCGGAGGUGGAGCAGGCGGUUGGAGGGUGGAAGAAUGAAAGAAAAGAAAGAUGAAAGAAUGUUGAACCAUUUUGUAUGGCCGUAUGAUGGAAGGGAACGGAACGGAGAACUCCUUUAGUAGAACACUUGAACGGCUUCAACAAAAUAAUGAUGCUAAGCCAUGGCUCUGGAAAUUUUCUAAUUGCUUUUCUCGUCCUGAGCAGACAUUGCCACUUAGUCCCCAAACGAAAGAUUACAUGGAGAACAAGAAAGUUGCUUUGGAGCUCAAGGAUGUACCAUCUCCCCUUCAUGCUGGCUCUAAACUUUUUCCAGCAGUCCCUCUUCCAGAUAUUCAUUCUCUUCAGCAACCCAGAUUACAGCUCUCAGCUGUCCCCAAAGUAAGCUGCUGCGCUCAUUGCACUAAUGAACCCUCCACUUCGCCAAUGCAUUGUGGUGGUGGCGGUGGCGGUGGCCGAGGUGCUGGUAGCUUGAUUCACACGGGCGCACUGUUAGAUUCGCAGAGCACCAGGACAAUCACAUGUCAGGUAGGGUCAGGGUUUGCCUUCCAGUCUGCAUCUUCACUCCAGAAUGCCUCAGCUAGGAACAACUUGGCCGGCAUUGCAAGUGACUUUCCCAGCAUGUGUCUAGAAAGUAAUCUCUCCUCCUGCAAACACCUGCCCUGUUGUGGAAAGCUCCAUUUCCAGUCAUGUCAUAGUAAUGUGCACAAGCUGCAUCAGUUUCCAGCUCUCCAGGGCUGCACCUCCGCUGGCUAUUUCCCCUGUUCUGAUUUCACAAGUGGGGCUCCAGGGCAUUUGGAAGAGCACAUUUCACAGUCGGAGCUAACGCCUCACCUGUGCACCAACUCUUUGCACCUAAAUGUGGUUCCUCCGGUUUGUUUAAAGGGCUCACUUUACUGCGAAGACUGUCUAAACAAGCCGGCAAGAAAUAGUAUAAUUGAUGCUGCUAAAGUCUGGCCAAAUAUACCACCUCCAAAUACACAAACUGCACCUGUUACUAUUCCUCUGUGUAAUGGCUGUGGAACCAAAGGAACAGGGAAGGAGACCACGUUGUUACUGGCAACCAGUCUAGGCAAAGCUGCUUCAAAAUUUGGGUCACCCGAAAUUGCACUAGCUGGACAGGUGCUAGAGAACUUACCCCCCAUUGGAGUUUUUUGGGAUAUUGAAAACUGCUCAGUUCCCUCUGGCCGCUCAGCUACUGCUGUUGUACAGAGAAUCCGUGAGAAGUUUUUUAAAGGCCAUAGAGAAGCAGAAUUCAUCUGUGUGUGUGACAUCAGUAAAGAAAACAAGGAAGUUAUUCAAGAGCUGAAUAAUUGCCAGGUAACUGUUGCCCACAUCAAUGCUACUGCAAAAAAUGCCGCUGAUGAUAAACUCCGCCAGAGUCUCCGAAGGUUUGCAAAUACCCACACUGCUCCAGCCACUGUGGUUCUUGUGUCAACUGAUGUCAAUUUUGCAUUGGAACUCAGUGACCUGAGACAUAGGCAUGGUUUCCACAUAAUUUUGGUCCAUAAAAACCAGGCCUCAGAAGCACUGCUACAUCAUGCUAACAAGCUGAUCAGAUUUGAAGAGUUCAUAUCAGACUUGCCCCCCAGGUUACCACUAAAAAUGCCACAGUGCCACACUCUGCUCUAUGUUUAUAACCUACCAGCAAAUAAAGAUGGCAAGAGCAUCAGCAACAGGCUCAGACGCCUGUCCGAUAAUUGUGGUGGGAAAGUGCUGAGUAUCACAGGCUGCAGUGCGAUUCUCCGCUUCAUAAACCAAGAUAGUGCAGAACGGGCUCAGAAGCGAAUGGAAAAUGAAGAUGUCUUUGGUAAUAGGAUCAUUGUGUCAUUUACUCCAAAAACUAGAGAACUCUGUGAAGCAAAGGGUUCAAAUGCAAUUACUGAUAAAGUGAAGUCUCCCAAAAAACUUAAGAAUCCAAAACUGUGCCUCAUCAAAGAUACAAGCGAACAAUCUUCCAGUGCCAAAGCCACUCCUGGAAAAGGGUCACAGGCAAAUUCUGGAUCUGCUUCAAAAAACUCAAAUGUUAAAAGUUUACAGGAGCUGUGCCGCCUGGAGUCAAAGACUGGUACGAGAAACAGUGACUCCCAGCCUGGUAACCUGAGGCUGGUCGCACCUCCUCACAGGAACUCCAGUGCUGCAGCGCCCAUGCUUAAAAACCUGGGGAUGGCAGAGUCCAUUUACAAAACCAAUCUGAAAAAAGAGAACCUCAGUGCCCGAAGUGUUACCAGUUCUCCUGUAGAGAAAAAAGAUAAAGAGGAGACACUGUUUCAAGUGAGUUACCCGUCUGCUUUCAGCAAGUUGAUUGCAUCAAGGCAAGUCGGUCCCCUGCUCACAUCUCAGUCUUGGUCUUCGCGAACAUCCCCACUUGCUUUCAACAUUGCAAAUUCGAGUAUUGGUGCCGACUGCCCAGACCCCUUUGCAAACGGUGCUGACAUCCAGAUCAGCAACAUAGACUACAGAGUAUCGCGAAAGGAGCUGCAGCAGCUCAUGCAAGAAGCAUUUUCUAGGCAUGGCAAGGUGAAGAGUGUGGAGUUCAGUCCCCAUACAGAUUAUCAACUUAAGGCUGUUGUUCAGAUGGAAAACUUACAAGAAGCAAUCAGUGCGGUGAAUAGCCUCCAUAGAUACAAAAUUGGCAGCAAGAAGAUCCUGGUCUCACUUGUCACAGGAGCUGCUAAUAAAUCACUCUCUUUACUGAGUGCAGAAACAAUAUCUGUUCUUCAGGAUGCUCCCGCCUGCUGUCUGCCUCUUUUUAAAUUUACAGAUAUCUAUGAGAAAAAGUUUGGACACAAGUUGAAUGUGUCAGAUUUAUAUAAGUUAACAGACACAGUUGCAAUCCGUGAGCAAGGAAAUGGGAGACUGGUGUGCCUCCUGCCUAGCAGCCAAGCCCGACAGAGCCCCUUGGGCUCUUCCCAGUCCCAUGACGGCUCCUCAGCCACCUGCAGCCCAAUUAUAUUUGAAGAGUUAGAAUAUCACGAGCCCAUCUGCAGACAGCACUGUUCCAAUAAGGAUUUCAGUGAACAUGAAUUUGAUCCAGACUCCUACAAGAUUCCUUUUGUGAUUCUGUCUCUGAAGACGUUUGCACCCCAGGUUCAUAGUCUUCUGCAGACACAUGAGGGCACUGUGCCUUUAUUAAGCUUUCCAGAUUGCUAUGCUGUGGAGUUUGGUGAAUUAGAAGUAGUGCAAGAAAACAGAGGGGGUGUGCCCUUAGAGCACCUCAUCACCUGUGUUCCAGGUGUAAACAUUGCCACUGCACAGAAUGGCGUCAAAGUAAUUAAGUGGAUUCACAACAAGCCCCCGCCUCCAAACACAGACCCUUGGCUUCUGCGCUCUAAAAGUCCUGUAGGUAACCCCCAGCUGAUCCAGUUCAGUCGAGAAGUGAUCGACUUACUGAAGAGCCAACCAUCCUGUGUAAUUCCAGUUAGUAAUUUCAUCCCAUCCUAUCACCACCAUUUUGCAAAGCAGUGCCGGGUAUCAGACUAUGGAUAUUCCAAGCUGAUUGAAUUGUUAGAAGCAGUGCCUCAUGUGUUGCAGAUCCUUGGAAUGGGCUCCAAACGUUUGCUGACCCUUACCCACAGGGCCCAGGUGAAGCGCUUUACUCAGGAUUUACUAAAACUUCUCAAAUCUCAAGCCAGCAAACAGGUCAUUGUGAGAGAAUUCUCGCAGGCUUAUCAUUGGUGUUUCUCAAAGGACUGGGAUGUCACUGAAUAUGGUGUUUGUGAGUUGAUCGAUAUCAUAUCAGAGAUUCCAGACACAACCAUCUGCUUGUCCCAACAAGAUAACCAAAUGGUGAUUUGUAUCCCCAAAAGAGAACGUACCCAGGAUGAAAUAGAAAGGACAAAACAGUUCUCCAAGGAUGUUGUUGAUUUGCUGCGGCACCAACCCCAUUUCCGGAUGCCCUUUAAUAAGUUCAUCCCCUCCUACCAUCACCACUUUGGCCGGCAGUGCAAACUCGCCUACUAUGGGUUUACCAAACUACUUGAACUUUUUGAAGCCAUACCUGAUAUUUUACAAGUGUUGGAAUGUGGAGAAGAAAAAAUCCUUACUUUGACAGAGGUGGAACGAUUCAAAGCUCUAGCCGCUCAGUUUGUUAAACUCCUUCGGUCCCAAAAAGAUAACUGCCUUAUGAUGACAGAUCUGCUUAAAGAGUACGCUAAAACUUUUGGUUACACAUUUCGUCUCCAAGACUACGACGUCAGCUCAAUUUCAGCUUUAACACAGAAACUCUGCCAUGUUGUAAAGGUUGCUGAUAUAGAAUCUGGCAAACAGAUUCAGCUGAUCAACCGCAAGUCUCUGCGCUCCCUCACUGCCCAGUUGCUGGUCUUGUUGAUGUCUUGGGAAGGAACUGCCUGUCUUUCUGUUGAUGAGCUCAAGAGACAUUACGAAACCACGCACAGUACCCCGCUCAACCCCUGUGAAUAUGGAUUCAUGACCUUGACUGAACUUCUGAAGAGUCUGCCUUACUUAGUUGAGGUUUUUACUGAUAAUACAGAAGAAUGUGUGAAGCUCACAAGUUUGUAUCUGUUUGCCAAGAAUGUGCGGUCUUUACUUCACACUUACCACUACCAGCAGCUCUUCCUUCAUGAGUUUUCCGUGGCCUACACCAAGUAUGUCGGAGAAACACUGCAGCCCAAGGCUUACGGCUACAGCAGUGUGGAGGAGCUCUUGGGAGCAAUCCCACAGGUGGUCUGGAUAAAAGGACAUGGCCAUAAGAGAAUUGUAGUGUUAAAAAAUGACAUGAAAAGUCGCCUGAGCUUACUCGGUCUUUCCCCUGCCAAUCAUGAACACCGGCCCUCCGCUUCUGAGCAUAUCCUGGCGGUGCCUGAAUCUCGCAUAGCCUCGGAUCUUGAACUUGGAGCGGAUAGCGAUGGGCCCUGUCAACCAGAGCAAGAGCUUCUCCGCCUGACCAACGACUCCCCUGUGGACCUCCUGUGUGCGCCUGUCCCUUCGUGCCUGCCGUCCCCUCAGCUGAGACCAGAUCCCGUCAUCCUCCAGUCUGCCGAUCUCAUUCAGUUUGAGGAACACCCACAAGAGCCUCCGGAAAUGAUGAUUUUAAACCAAGAAGGACAAAUUGAACUUCCAGUGCCAGUGAAGAAGGAAGACCCAGCCUUGGGCUCCGGCUCGUCGUGCUCCUCAGCAGCUGUCCCGGCGCCUCCCUGCCCCUUGGAAACACCAGAGUCACUGCUCAGCAAGGACCCCAGUGAAAGCCCAGCCAAAAAGCAACCCAAAAAUAGAGUAAAAUUGGCAGCCAACUUUUCCUUUGCACCUGUAACCAAGCUUUGACUCUCGUUUUGAACAUAGAAUUAGGAUGGGAAAUCACUGUCUGAUUCUGCACACAAAAGCGGGUUUGAAAAACAGCCUUUUCUGUUUAACGAAAAUCCCCCAGAAGCCACUUACUUCAUCUUUACAUGUAUCCAUAAUGUUUUGUUUGUUUUACAUUGAACACAGCUUUGAGCUGAAGCUUUUCUUUCUUUCCCCCCCUCCAAUUAUUGGAAGAGAAAAAAACAAAAACAAAAAAAUUUCUGGCAUAGGUUCAAGCAUCCUUAAUGCAUUUUACCAGAUUUUUCUUAAUGUGAAAUAUAAUUGUGUUCCAUAAGAAGAAAGUAAGAACUCAGCUAGGAGGAAGUGGUUUUACUUCUAUUAAACCACAUCAGUAGUAAAAUCUUACGUGUAGCAUAUUAUAGUCUCUAAGCCUUUGCUUACUGAUGUUUUCAGACAGUAUUAAUCAGAUGCAUGAUGUGUCUUUGAAGCACAGGCUGUUCGGUGGCCCCGUGUGAGAAGGUAUUUCAGGUUGGAUAUGAAGGUUCCUGGCUUCCAUGUGACUUGUAAGCGUGCCUUGUUUUUUAUUUAACUAUGUCUGUAGUUGACAAAUGCAGCUUCAUCACAAAGUUUUUUUAGAUGUUUCCACUUUGGGGUUCCAUUUAGGAGCUUUCUAGAAAGUUGAGGAUGUUUUAAGCUUCCCUUUUAUGUUCAGUUCCAGUUUGAACAUGGAUUAGGUUAAGGAAAAGGAGAUGGUCUUGGUGUCAUGAAUUUAAAGUCAGCAUUUGAAUUCCGACACACGUUGUUUGUUGUGUGUCGAGAGGCAGUGUGGGGAAGAGAGACUGAUUUUCUAAAAUAUGCAUCAGAUGCAUAAAUUACAAAUCAGAGCUGAGGGGUGAGGUGCUUGAACAGGAGUGGUAUUGAUACUCUUUCCACUCGGAAGAGACAGUAAUUCUAUCUGUUACGGAUGAGGGCCAAGGUUGAUCAACUUAACCUUGUAUUUGUAAUUUUAAACCUGGUUUUGGGAAGCUUUACAUGUGAGUAUAUGUCGGUGUUAGCUCGGUGUCUUUUAAUAGUGUCUGCUUUUACUCUGUCACUUCUUGCUGUUGGAAGCCCACUUGGGUUUUCUGUGGUGUCUGAUGUUGGCAUUUGGGAAAAGCCAGCCUUGGAGGGAGCAACUGCCCUGUGGAAUGACCUUCGCCUCGAGGUGGCUGAGGCAUCUGGUGACAGGUGGCCUCUUGUCCCUCCUAGAGAAACCCGACAUUUACAAUGGGUUGUAUUUGUUGGGCAAAAAGGGCGGAUUCAUUCAUAGAGCAGAAAGAACCUGUUGGCAUAAGGUCUUCCACUAGUUGGAUGGUUUCUUUUGGGGAAAUGUUUAUAUUUUGUAAUUUCUAGAAAGCCAGAAAAUGGGCUCUGAUUUCAUAGCCAGCCUUUUGCUAAAAAGUCACAAAAUAAGGGCUAAUGAGAGAUUUUUACAAGUUAGAUUUUUGUUCCCCAAAUCUUUUAAAUGAAACCAGUGAUACCCAGUUCUCAACACAUGGCCCCAGUCAAGAUGGAACAACAUUGGGAAAGCCUUCUGAGCCUUAUGGCAUUCUGCAAAUCCUUCUGAAGGCAUUUCCUCUACAGACAUAGUAUGAUAGGAAGGAAAAUGCAAAUGUGCAAUUUUUUUAAAAGAAGCUUUUAAACAGUGUAAUGAAGUUUUGUGUUGAGACCAUCAGCUGCCUUAUCCUGAGAUUUCAUAAGGCUGAAUUUGCACACUUAGACUUAAGUUUUGCUAGAAUGUAAAGAACUGUGGACUUUAAAAACGUAACAGGUACCAUUACAAGUCACUAGGAGCAGUAUCAGAGCAGCUUCUUUGGGUAACAAAGAGACUGAAGUGUGCUGUCGUGUGAGUGUGGUGGAAUUCUCUGAGUUGCCCGUCAGCCUGGGACACGUGUGUGACUCUUAACAGUUGCUGUUUGAAGAGAGGAGAAUACAGCGGAAGGCGCAUUGUGUUUGUAUGUGUCCCACAAUGGCCAGUCCAAUGGCUAUCUAUUUUUUUAUCCAGAGGCUUACUUAAAUGUGACAAAAUGAUGUAUGAGAAUUAAGAUAAUGAGAUUUCUUUAUUGCCGGGUGGAAAGUUGUGCUGGAUUACAUUUAUCUGUUUAAAAAAGAUACAAAGUAUCACCAAGACCCCCUUUCCCAUGGCCCUGUUUGUUUGGAUUGGGCUUGGGGGAAGAGAUGUUUUUUCUUAACUGUCUACUUUGUUUGAACACUUUUUUUGUGGUUUAAGUGCUGUUUUGUGUGUUGGGACCAAACAGUUGUCAAUAAACUUUACAAGCAAGCAUCUAAUUGGA